UAGACAAACAUCCACCAGUCCGACGACGGACGGGGCAACGGGCCACACCGAGCUCUGUGCCGACGCCACCGCCAUGUCGCUCCGGCGCCUCAUCGGCAUCUCUUCCGCCGCCGUCUCAGUCCGCUCCCUCUCCGGGCGCCUCCGCCACACCCUCUCCACCGCUGCCGCCUCCUCGCACCCGCCAUGGGCCGUCAUCGACCGCACGACAAGGGUCGACAGGUCGUCGUCGGCCCCGGGCGCGUGCUUCCGCCCCGUAGAGCCCCCGGGCGUCUCCCGCGUCUCCGCCCCGGCGCACCUCAUCGACCCCAGCCAACGCCCCAGCGCGGGCAGCAGCAACGUCCUCCAUCACCUCGGCGGCAACGUCGUCCAGCUCCUCUUCGGCACCGUCGACGCCGCCAGCGGCGACGGCCACCUCCUCCUCAGCUACCACGACCACCGAGCCGAGGGCCCCUGCACCACCUGGGACCUGACGGGGGACCCCGAAAUUCACCGCUUCGUCUGCAACCCCCUCACCGGCCAGAUGCUCCGCCUGCCCGACAUCGGCGGCUCCAGGCGGACCCUCGUCUUCCACCACAUGGGUCUCCUCACGAAGGCCGAUGCCGGGCUCGGGAACGGGCCGCCUGACAGGUUCGCCGUCGCCGAGCUCAUCUUCGAUGGCGCCGCCUUCGAGCGGUUUCUCUCGGAUGAAGGGGAGUGGCGGACGGUGAUGGGCGUACCGCGCGGACCGCUGCUCCGGCGCCAGAUGGAGGUGAACCAGGAGACGGUUGCCUUCGGCGGCCGCCUGUGGUGGGUCGACCUGACCUUUGGCGCCAUCCCCGUUGACCCCUUCGCCGACUGGCCGGAGACCCGCUUCGUCGAGCUGCCCAGCGGCAGCGUGCUCCCUGCGCGCGCAAGUACAAAUGACGGAGAUUUUGGGGAGCUCGAGGACAAGGUGAUGUUCAAGGAGGAGGUGGCCAAGCACCGGCGCAUCGGCGUAAGCGAGGGGCGGCUGCGCUACGCCGAGGUCUCUCCUCACGACCCAUUCCUGCUCAGUUCAUUUGCGCUCGACGGCGACGAGGGCAGCGGCUACCCGUGGCAGGAGAACUCGGCGCAGGCGGCGCCACAGAUCGCCGUGCUUGACCCGCUCAACGCCAAUGCCAUUUACCUCAAGGUCGGCGAGCACAUCGUCGUCGUGGACAUGAACAAUGGGAAGGUGAUUGGGGCCUCUCCGCUAGAAGAGGAGUACCUGUACCUUUCUCUUGUGCCAUGUGUGCUUCCACCAUGGCUUGGAUCAAGCCGGAUCCCUGUCCCAGGAAAGAGCGAUGGCAUGGAAGCGACAGAUGAUCCGGUUAGUUGCAUCUGAAAUGGUGAAUAAGUAUCAAUCUGCCAGACAGCUUAUGUAUCUCUGGGUUUCCUGGAAGUAAUAGAUGGAGGGGUUGUGCUGUAUUAUGAGGGAAGCUGGCCGUAGUUUGUCAAACGCUCAAUUUGGGGGAAAUCUGGAGAUGUUUGGGUUUAUUGUAGUUUGUUGAUGAGUUACUACCUUGUUUAGAGAGAAAUCUGGCAGUUGUUUCAGCAG